CAAAGAAAACCGGGAAUUUUAUAAGUUGUCUAGUCCCGCAUUUGCGUCGUUUUCGUUGUCUUCAUCCCCACGUGACCGUUUGCUUGUGUGCACGCGAUCAUAUUUUCUUAUUAUUGCGUUUGAUAGCUAGAGGAAGGCAACGUUUCGGACUGUAUCCGGAGAUAUGUUCGUUCGUGUCUUGAAUCUGUGAUGGGCAAUGGUUCUCUAAGCAAGCGGAAACCGAUUUUGGUGGAAAGCAAGAGCUGCGAGAGCAAAGACGCUAGUAUUCCCACAACUUCACCGAUUUCUGUACAGUCGUCUGUUUCUCAGGAUCAGUGCACGUUGCAGUCUCCAGUGGCUGCCUCUCACGGACCCGUCCCCGUUCCGAGUAACUCUGUCCGACCGUUUACCGAUCAGUGGUGUGGAUCGAGUGUUGGUGACGCGUGUGGCAGUCUUCCAAUCCCGACGAUUGACACGUCCAGCAGUCAACUGAGAUUGAAGUCGGGUCUUUCUCAGCGCACAGUCGAUCGUCCGCCUACGGAUACCUCUUCAGGGAUCAGUUCUUUGUAUGCCAUGGAUGUUGAGAACGGCACUAGCGUUGACGACUUUCCCGAAAUUGGAUCUGUCCAUGCUCCUAGGGUGGGAGCUACACGAUUGAGGAUGUUGUUGAAUCACCUGGAUAGAGGAGAACUUCCUGGUGUGGUUGAGUUGAAAGAUUUACUUCAAUAUGCUGCUGCUGUGCUCGAGCAUGUCAGUAGGAAAGAUUCGGAAAUCAGCAGAAUGGAUAGUGAGGAUGAAGAGUUGCCUGAUGGUGCCGAGACAGAGGUGUCGGAGGAAGUUCGAGACUGGUUGCAGUCAACGUUCACUCGUCGGCAAUCGUCUUUAACCAGAAGGACGAGUGGCCAGCCAAUUAGCUUUCGAGGGGUACUGCAAGUUGUGAGGGUGCUCAACAGAAUGAACACACUAGGCAAACAUGCAGCUAUUGAUUGUCCUCAAUCUGUCAGAAACCUCUUUGAGAUUGUAGAUUGCUGGUCAUUUGAUGUUUUUCAUCUCAAUUUGCUAAGUGGUAGUCAUCCACUUCUCUAUUUGGUGUAUGAAAUAUUUGGAAAAUAUGACCUCAUAACAAAGUUUAAGAUAUCUGUCACUGCUCUCAGAGCAUUUCUGGAGGAGAUCGAGAAAGGUUACGAUCUGCAUAAUAAUCCCUAUCAUAAUGCUAUCCAUGCUGCCGAUGUCACACAAGCCAUGCACUCUUUGUUAUGGGAGACUGGACUUAAAGGAUGGCUGACUGACCUGGAGGUAUUUUCUGCUAUUCUAGCUGCUAUUAUUCACGAUUUUGAACACACCGGCACAACUAAUCCAUUCCACGUUCAGUCCAAAUCUGAGCUCGCCCUUCUCUAUAACGACAAGUCAGUUUUAGAGAACCAUCAUUUGUUUGCAGCAUUCAAGUUGAUGACAGACGAUAAGUACAACAUUCUCUCAAAUUUGUCUAAUGAAGACUAUAGUGAGCUACGAGCACUGGUCAUUGAAAUGGUGUUUGCAACUGACAUGUCAUCACAUUUUUAUCAGCUCAAUGCAAUGAAGGGAAUGAUUGCAACAGCAACAGGAGCAGACAAGAUUGAUAAAACAAAAGGUUUGUCAUUGUGUCUCCACUGUUGUGACCUUGGUCAUCCGAUGAAGACAUUGGAAGUGCAUGAAAGAUUUACAGAUCGUUUAAUGGAAGAAUUCUUUCGCCAGGGAGACAGAGAAAAGGAGUUGGAUCUACCGUGUUCGGUUUUGUGCGACAGAUCUAACACUCUAAAGCCUGAAAGCCAAGUUGGUUUUAUUGACUUUAUUGUGAAACCAUCGUUUGAUUUAUUGAAAGACAUGUUGGAUGUGGUUCUUCCUUUGCCAACUGCCACUGCGGAAAUGCCUAAUAUUUCUGAAGAUACUCACGAGGAUGAUGAAGCGAAUAAGUCAAAGAGUCAACACAAACAUGUCUUAUGGAUGGAAACGCUUACCAACAACUGUCAAUUAAAUCGAGACCAUUGGAAGAGUAAAUGCAGACAACCAGAAGUUGAUCAUACGUCGUCUGAAAAAGAGGAUGUCAAAAGCAAAGUGCCAGAAACCAACGAAGCUGGUGCUAGCAAUUCAACCAAGGCAAAAGAAGAAACCUCCAAAUCAAGCGAUGUCAAAGCUCAAUCGACCGUUUCGCAGCCGCCGUCUAUUUCUCGUCGUGACUCUGAUUUCGCCAAGAAGAAAAAAGCAGCAGCAGCACGAGAAGAAGCUGGGCGACCAAGAUUGACAGACCAUCCAAAGUCUCCAACAAAGCCAAAAGUAAGCAGGCAAGGCUCGACCUCCAGCAAGUCAAGCCAUGCUAAAUGAUCGAGGAACCAGCUUUCUUAGUGCAGACUACGGCAUUCACUGCUCACUACCUGUUGAAUGAGAAAAUUUGAAAGCUACUACAUUUACAAAUGCUCAUACAAACUAGAGAUGGUGCUCAAGUAUGAGUAUGAAUUAAUUAAUAUUAAUUAGGUAUUAUUGCAAUGCAUUUCUGUUUUUAUCAGACAUUUGAGCAAUUGAUGAUAAAUUACUUGCUACUUACUUAUCAAUGUUUAUCUUUCUGGACGAGAGCAACAGAAAUUACAUUCAUC